AUGACUCUGCUUCAGGUGGUCGAGACAAGCUGCAUCCUUCUGGCGCUAUGGACCGCCGUUGGAGCCAUCCGUCGACUCUAUUUUCAUUCCUUAUCCCACAUCCCAGGCCCCCGACUGGCCGCACUCACCUGGUGGUAUGAGUUCUACUACGACGCCGUCCAGCCAGGGCAGUACGUUUUUAAGAUUCAAGAACUUCACAAGCAAUACGGUCCCAUCAUCCGCGUAACCCCGGAUGAGGUUCACAUCAACGACGUCGGUUACCUCGACACGAUCUACGCCCCGUCCAUGACCCGCCUCGACAAGUAUGACUACCAGCUACGCACCUUACGUGUUCCCGGGGGCAUCGGGACCACCGCCGAUUACCAUCUUCAUAAGAUCCGUCGGGAAGCGCUCACUCCCUUCUUCAGUAAGCGCAACGUCCUCUCGCUCGAAGACGUAAUCACCGCCAAGGUGAACCAGUUGUGCGAUUUGAUCGCCAAACACGUGGCGACGGGAACUGCAAUCAAUCUGUCGGACGCGUUUUAUGGCUUUUCCAACGAUGUUGUCGCCAACUUUUUGUUUGCCCACCAAACCGACGUACUCGCAGAUGAGCAGGAGGCAGCCAGACUCCGCCACAACAGUCAUGAAUUGCUCAAGGGAAUCAACAUGAACAAGCACUUCCCAUGGAUCCCCGAUAUCCUCGAAGCACUACCACAACGCCUAACCAGGCCUAUCAUGCCUCCUGGGCUCAUUGACAUGCUCGAACUCUUCGAUAGAGUCCGCGCGGAAUUGACCACAAUCAUAACGGCAAAGGCAUCCGGCACUUCGAGCGAGAAAAAACCGCUCAAUCCAGGAGGCAAAGAAUCCGUCUACGAAUCUGUCCUCGACAACCCCAACCUCCCCGCAUCCGAAAAAGCCCUCCUGCGCCUCGAACAAGAAGGCGCAUUACUGACCCUCGCAGGAACAGAGUCCCCCGCCCAAACUCUCAAUAUUAUCUUCUACCAUCUUCUCGCCAGCCCCUCUCUCCUCGCCACACUUCGCAAAGAACUAGACACCCUGCCGACACCCUCGACCUGGACGCAACUAGAGCAGCUCCCGUACCUCUCCGCCAUCAUCGAAGAAGGCAACCGACUCUCCUUCGGCGUCACCGCUCGCGCCGCCCGUAUCCAGCACAAGCCCAUCACCUAUACUCCAUCCGCGUAUGUGACCACACCAGGGCCCACGCGCAGGUCCUAUAUCCUCCCUCCUGGCACACCCGUCAGCAUUACGACGUUGAGCGCGCAUACUGCUGAAUCGGUCUUCCCGGAUCCGUAUAUGUUUAAUCCUGAGCGCUGGCUGGGGGAUGAGGGUCGCGAGCGUAGGAAGUUCCAAUUAGCUUUUUCAAGAGGCGGAAGGAAGUGUUUGGGCAUUGAGCUUGCGAGGGCAGAGCUGUAUCUUGUUACUGCUGCGCUUGUGCGGAUGUUUGAUCUAGAGCUAUGGGAGACGGAUGAGAGGGAUGUUUCUUUUGAGCACGAUUAUCAUGUUGCGAUGCCGAAGGAUGGGUCGAAGGGGGUGAGGGUUGUGGCUAAGCUACGUUGA